AUGGAAACUAAAAAAGUGAAAUUAGGGGAAUAUGACAUAAUGAAUACUUUGGGAACAGGUUCAUUUGGUCGGGUGAGAUUGGCUAAGCAAAAAUCGAGUAAUAAAUAUGUGGCUUUGAAGAUGUUAAAGAAAAUAGAAAUUUUACGACUUAAAUAAGUUGAUCAUAUAAUUAGUGAGUUCAAUAUUUUGAAAUAGAUCAAGCAUCCAUUUUUGGUAUGUUUGAUGAUUGAAUAUACUAGAUUGAAAUGAGUGGAUAUACUUAAGAUGAACGAUACUUAUAUUUUGUUUUAGAAUAUAUAUAAGGAGGUGAACUAUUUACAUAUUUAAGAAAUGCUGGGACUGUUUAGAAUGAAGAGGCAUAGUAAAUGUUUAUUCAUAGCAAUAGGUUCUACUCAGCUUAAGUUGUUCUAAUGUUUGAGUAUCUUCACACAAAGAAUAUAGUGUAUAGAGACUUAAAACCAGAGAAUUUGUUAGUCUAGUCAGAUGGAUAUUUAAAGUUAACAGAUUUUGGUUUUGCUAAAGUUGUUGAAGACAGGACCUACACAUUAUGUGGAACACCUGAAUACUUAGCCCCAGAAAUCCUAUUAAACAAGGGUAAACUAAUUUUCAAUCUAAGGACAUAGUAAACCAGUUGAUUGGUGGUGUUUAGGAAUAUUCAUUUAUGAAAUGCUUGCAGGUAUUUGUAUUAUAGUUGAACUCACAAAGGAAUUGAUCCAUUUAAUGAUGAAGAUCCAAUGGCUAUCUAUUAGAAAAUAUUGAAGGGCAAAGUUAAGUUUCCACGUAAUUUUGAUAAGUAAAUUUACAACUUAACCUAAAUUAGUGAAGCAAAAAGUUUAGUUAAACAUUUAUUAGAAUAAGAUGUCACUAAACGAUUUGGGAAUCUUAAAAAUGGAGUAGAUGAUAUAAAAUCACAUAAAUUUUAUGAAACACUCAAUUGGAAAGAUAUAAUCAAUAAAAAAAUAAAGCCUUAAUAUAUACCUGUUAUUCAGUAAUAUGAAAUGAUAGAAUAAUUAGAUCUGAUUAUGAUACUUCUAAUUUUGCUACUUAUCCAGAUAGUACUGAAUUACCUGAUGCUGUAAAACCAUAAGAUGAUCCAUUCAAAGAUUGGUGA